AUGCUACGUGAUAAGUGGCCAAUUCUCAUAGCUGCAUACUUAACAGCAGUGUCAGCCACUGAGGAAACAUCUGCAGAACUACAGAAUGUCAGUCCUUUGCAGACACUUGGUUUGGGUCUGAGAGACCUGGUACUGAGGACUUUUACUCUGUGUGGCACCAAGCUUCUAGGACUGCGGAGGGACACAAGUGAGACCAGCCAAGUUCGCAACACACUCUGUACGUUCCUGCUUAAACCCCACUUGGAAAUGGGCAGAGGCCACUAUGGAGCACCUGCAUACAACACGUAUGUAUCUGGAUUUGACCCUUUAACCCUCCUUGCUGGUCUUGCAUUCUUAGCCUUCUUACUGCAAACCCUCCAUGCACUGUUGUACCGACAAACGACGAGCGUCUCUUCAGUUGGUCUCUCCCGCAAGAUCUCUGAUUCAUCUGAGCUAGAGCACUCGGUCAAAACUGCACUUGAUAAAUAUGAAAUGUUGAAUUCUCAAGGAAGAAUGUCAGAUAACACACCAUGGCAAUGGCCUUCACUUCCCAUACUCAUGAGGAAUCUAAUAUCCAAUUACUGGGGACUGCGAGAUAAUUUGCCAUGCUUUCAGAAUCCACUGUGUCACCAACUGCAACCAAAAAGUUGAACACUUGCAUCAUGUAGGAGCGGAAGGAACAAUUCAGUAUUUUUAAGUCCAAGAUUUAAUCCAGUACUAAUAACUCUUUUAUCACUGUUACACGCAGAAAAGUUAUAUUUAUGUAUGGAACGUUUCUGCCAAAUACCAAUAAUUUACUGUUUUGAUAAAUUCUAUAGCAAUAAAAGGAACAAAUCUAAGUUUAUAAAUAUAUUUAUAUGUUUGGAAGUGAAAUAUAUUAAUGUUCAAAUUCUAACAGUCUCGUAAAUAAGCCAUUUGUAUAAUUACGACCACAAUAAGAAAGAAGUGCUUACAUACCUCUUCUCUGGCCGACACAGACUUCUCUUAAUGUCCAUUCUUCAAAUGCACACUGUCCAGUUUUAAGGAAAUAGAUCAUGAAUAUGGGUAGAUAUGGGAAUGGAAGCAGGUGACUAUAGUUACUUCAAUAUACCAAACUGGCAUUGAUAUAGUCGGUAACCCAUCUCAGAUUUGAACUGGGUACCUCUGAAUAAAUGUCGUGUAUUACCUGUACACCUUCCUGCUCAAUUCCUGUCCUGAAUAAUGGCUAAAAAACUAAGUACAACUGUUGGAUCUUGAACAUAAAGGACAGUUCUAUGUGGAGGUGCUGGCAGGUCGGUAAUUUUGGGAUAACGUGUUCAUAAAACAAUUCUUCUUGUAAAACAGUUAUCACUGUUAGAUCCUGCAGAGCUGUCUUGUAUCUUGAUCCAUGAAGAUCACUUCAUAUUCUUAAUUAUUUCUCAAGCAUGCACAUUAUGUAAUUGAAAACUGGAUGUUUGCCUCUCCAGACGAUUAUCAAGUCAUCUCUUGUCACAUAACAAACAUAACCCUGUUUUAGUUAACUGUUUGGUGAUAGCAGGACUACGGCAUUUCCUUCCUGUCUGUCUUGCAGCUACUGAUUUUCCUUUCUGUCAAAUAAAUGAGGAAUUACCUUUGAAUAACCCCAAGGUCACUGGGUACAGAACAUAAUAGCGACCUUCCACAAUUACAUUUGAAAUAUGACCAAAGACAAUCAGAUUAUGAUCAAUGACCUUGAACACAGAAGCAAUGACCUAUAUAUAUAUGUUACCCGAUCAAAAAUGCCAACAGAACUUUUCUGUUAUUGUAUUGUAUUUCUCACAAAAUAAUAAUUAAAUCAGCGUGACUUAAUGAGCACAUGCAAGUAGAAUUGUCCUUAAAAUCAUGUGAGGAAAUUCUUAAGAACAAACUGAGAUUUCUAUGGAUCUGAAUGUUGUUUAUGAAUGUUUUCAACAGCACUUAAAUUUAAGGCUGAGCAUUAAACUCAUUUAAA